CCAAGAAAAUUCAGAGUUUCUACAACUAUAUCAAAAUCAGCUGCACCAGUCAUCAGUGAACGUUGGAUAUAAUAACAUUGUCCUCGGUAGUUACAAUAAGAGUCAGUAUAAAGAAAUUAAAAGUGACUCGGUGACCACUACAUUAGCAGAUGCACCUGGCUUCAGAUCAGCCGAGAUUGAAUUAACAAACAAUACGUACAAUAAUUUGGACAAAGCUUCAUCAGUUCCAGACGAAAAUAAUCUCAACUUUAAUCUUGUGAAAAACAGUGCAAAAUCUUUAUCUAGCAACAAUUGCAGUAGUGUUUAUAAGAGUGUUAGAUCACCGGAAACAACCAGUGGUGAAAAUAGCGAUUGUCACAUAAAAUAUUACAAAAAUGACAAUAGCAAAUACAUAUACUCUGCAACAAAUAGUAAUGUUCCGGAAUAUCAACAUAUGCUUAAUGAACUGAACGAUAACUCAAACAAUAGUAUACGUAAUUCUCCAUUGUUCACUGGUUGUAAAGGAAUUCAACCUGCGUACUCUUUGAUUAAUUCAAAUAAGCCUUCAUUAAACAAAAAUACGUUACUGAGUUCUUGUCAGGGAUCAUUCCAUUCUCUCCAAGGUGGACUAUGUUUGGAAAAUAGUGUCUAUUUGCAACAACAUGGUAGUAGUCUAUCAUCAACAAACUGUACAGCGGUUGUCGGUUCACUACAACAACCAAGUAAUUUAGCACAUUUCCACCAACAGCAACUACCGCAACAUCGACAAGGCAACUUGAUAACGCCAGCUGAAACAUUAAAUGGUAGCGGUACUCUAAUUCUUACCAGAUCAAGGAAAAAUAGUAACAGUGACUCAUGUAAUACUAAAAACAACUUCAACAAACUGAGUUAUGACAAAAAAUGUUCGACCUCUGGUGCUAAUGUUAAUAUACAUAGUAGUAAUCGAAACAAAAGCAAUAACAAUAGUAACACAAUAAAUAAUGGUAGCAGUAGUAGCAGCAAUCAUCAAAGUGAAUCUAAUCAAUUGAAAAGUAUAAUUGAACUGAGUUCACAAAUUAAUGAAUUAAACAGUAAAAAUAUAGAGUUUAAUAGACAACUAAGUGCACCUACUGAAAAUAACAAUCAAAAUAACUCGAAUUGCUACAGUAACAGCGUGUACAAUUUGUACUCAAAUCACAUUCUGAGCCAACACUAUUCCGCAUCGUCAAACACAAAUAGUUUAAAUCGGACAAAAAAAAAGAGAAGCUUCAAACUUAAUGGAAGGUAUGAUUUUUAUAUAUAUUAACAAUAACACGGUGCGACAAUGAGAAUACGCCUGAAAAAUAUUAAAGUGCAUGCUGUAGCUAUAGUCGAAAAAGGCAUAAAUAUAGUUUUAUUAUACUUGCCUGCGCUCUAAAUUUAAUUAAAAACUUGGAGUAGGUAAUCGCAGAGACAUAACCGCGAGAUUGACGUAAGACUGCAUUAGAGAUGUGUAUAAAUAACAAUUGAUUU